UACUACUAGCUGUCCGCUGUUUUGUACCUCUCCUUACUUCACAGAGAAACCGACAUCAAUGGUGUGAUUUCGCAUUCUUCUACCAAGACUUGGGUAAUUUCUUUGUUAAAUACUGUCCCGUCUUCAGCCAUUUUAGUUACGAAUAAAUGUAUUACUGAGAUACGAUAGAUACAUGAGCCCAAAUGGCGUCCAUUUAAACACAGUCAAAAGCUCAGCGCAUUUUUUAAGAUAGCGCGUUUUGCAACUGUGCCUGAGCACAUGCUAUGCGAUUGGUGCAGUGCACGAGCAAUCUAGAGGAAGUGGUGGGUGAUCUGGGUCCGCACCUUUUCCGGUCGUUCGGAACCGCUGUAGCGACGGAAAAGAGAGAGAGGGUGAGAGGAAGCGAAAGGAGGUGAGAGCCGCGAGGAGCAGUCUGGUGAGCGGUGACUGCUGCAAAAGCAGGGAGAAGAGGAGGAAGCUCUCAAAUGAAUCAAUGACCUUUGGAGUUACUGCGGCCAUUCCGUUUCCGAUACAAAUGUGACCGAUUUGUUUGUGGUAGUAUCAAGGAGCCCUGAAACAUCACGUUGCUUACCCAGCAUUUAGCUACUGAUUUUCUAACAAGGGCGAGAGCUUUCGACAGAAGAGGAAGUCGGAACUAUCUCAGGCUUUUGCUGGGGCCUGUCUGUCUUUAAACCCUUGUCGGUUUCGCACCGAUCGUAUUUUAUGUUUUACAUUUUUUCCAAGUCCAAUGAAGCAGCUCAAAGAACACCGAUUGUAAUUGACCCACCGCGACUUCCUGAAACUCAAAAAUAGCCAAGUCGUUAAUUAACUAGCUCGGUAGCUAGCUAGCUAGGUAAUGUGGAUACAGACGAACUCUGCAUGAGGGUUUGAGAGAAGUUCCCUCCCACAGCACCUCUAGCUAAUAGUUACUGGAUUACUUUUUCGACUAAACCAAUCUCGUUAUUGCAAAGGAAUACUUAUCAUUUGUAUCUUCUGUGUGGACUGCGUCAAUUGAUUUGAGGCUUCGAAACUCUUGGUUGAAGAAGUUUAGUCAUAUAAAUUUGACGUAUUUCCAAUGGCUUAGGUUGUUUUUUCACCUUUACUCUUUUUGUUCAGUGGAUGUUACACUCGGUUUGUUUUUCUAUAGUUCGAACGUUAUUUUCUUUACACUUUGUUCACUAUCUGUUGAGUACAGAAAAGGACACGAACAUUGCAAAGCGGCGCUGAACGGAUUCAUUUUUGUUGUCACGCAACGAACAAAAACAUUUUUUCUCUAAAAGUGGAUAUUUAUGAACAGUUUACACAAUGGGGAAAGUGCUGUCAAAAAUCUUUGGCAACAAGGAGAUGAGAAUAUUGAUGCUUGGACUUGAUGCAGCGGGGAAGACCACUAUUCUUUACAAACUGAAACUGGGACAGUCCGUCACCACCAUCCCCACCGUCGGGUUCAACGUGGAGACUGUGACCUACAAAAACGUGAAAUUCAACGUAUGGGAUGUCGGUGGGCAAGAUAAGAUCCGACCCUUGUGGCGACACUAUUACACGGGUACGCAGGGGUUAAUUUUCGUGGUGGAUUGUGCAGAUAGAGAUCGGAUAGACGAGGCGAGACAAGAGCUGCACCGCAUCAUUAAUGACCGGGAGAUGCGGGAAGCCAUUAUCCUGAUUUUUGCCAAUAAGCAAGACCUGCCCGAUGCCAUGAAGCCGCAUGAAAUCCAGGAGAAAUUGGGUUUGACCCGGAUCAGAGAUAGGAAUUGGUACGUGCAGCCAUCCUGCGCGACCACAGGUGAUGGACUGUACGAAGGCCUUACUUGGCUAACUUCAAAUUACAAAUCAUAAUGCUCGAGAAUGACUGUUUAGAUAAAGCAAAAAACAAUAGAGGCAAUUAACAAAUAACAUGGCUUCUCAGAAGAAUAUAUAAUUAAGAGAAGUUUGUUUAUUUCCCGGUUUUUUAUGAAUAUUAUUACCCCCUAUAACGAUUUCUUUUCUUAAAACAGAAAGACUGAAUUGUUGGCUGGUUUUUUUAGUUUGCUUUUUUUCUGUAGUUGCUCUGUUGCUAUUCUGUCGUAAUUUCCCUGACAUGAUAUUCCAUAAAUUGUCUUGCCUUUUAAAAUACAGAGAUUAGUGCAGAUUUUCUCAUUUCCUGUAAUAUUUAUCUGGGGCUUGGGUACUCAUAUUUUAGUUUACCUAUUUGAGUACUGAUUAUUGUAGACCUACUUAUUUAGUCGCAUUCAGAACUUAAAUUUUGAAACAGUACUAGGUCCAAUAUUUAUGUAAAGAAAUUGACCAUGGAAAUUCAAGUGGACGAAUCUUAUUUGAAAACUUUGGACAAAGUCCUUACAUUUUAGAGAUCAUUUUGAAGAUGGACCCAUUACAUCAUUCAAGUACAGUAUUACUGUAGGUUGUACCAAGUUGAUAUGUUACAAUAAAUACUCAAGACUUUGAUACAAUUUAUUCACAUCUUAAUCUUGCCAGCCAUAUUUACCUGGAGUAUUGUUUUCAAGGACCCAUACCAUCCCGUUUAAUUUCUUUUGUUUAUGUUUGACCUUUUUGAUUAUUGCCUCUGUGCCAGGAGACACCAUGGCAAUAUUUUGCGUAGGAGUUUCUUGCAUUCCAGUCAUCACCUGAAGUUCCACCUGGGUAUCAGCUGCUACAGCAGUAAUACUGUAUGCCAUUUGCUUUGUGACCAGGGACAAGCCAAUGGGAUGAAUCAGUUGAUGCUGGCCUUUCUAUGACUGACGGUCCUUGAUUGACAACUGGAAUAGAGCAUUUCUUGGGAAAAAUGUUGUUCCGUGAAGCAUGUUAUGCAACCUGCUUCGGUUUGAUGGUGGUCAUAAAUGAGUAGGAGCUUGGGAAUUUUGAAUUUUCCAACAAAAGAGUUUUGGCUCAUGUCAUGCAGUCAGGAAAAAAACUUUUCUGUAAUUAAAUUAUAAAUCCAUGCUUUAUUUUUGUUCUAUUUGCUAUGCUGAUUUGAAAAAUAAAGAAAUGUAAUUGUAACAA